UCUCUUUCUCUGCUAAUGACACGCUUUUCUAGUUGUGCUGAGAAGACUAGCACCUGCUGCUUCUGGGUGAUUGAAUCCCUUUAUGCUGCUGCUUCAACACAAAAUGAUUUUACUUUUGCUACUGCAUUGGCUGCUGCCACAGCCCCUGCUUCGGCUACUGCUUGAUAACAGCAUUUCCUCAAAAGCUGACUCCACUCUUAGUCUUCAGGUGAGUGAGCUGCAGCGUGAACACCGGGCUGUGUAACUCGUCUUGCCAAAAUUGAGACCGACUUGACUGAAGGAACUUAUCUGGUUAUUUUUUGCGUGUGUACUGUUUGCAUUUAUUUUUCAUCUUACCUGAAGACUGAUCAUGCCUUGAGUUUUGCCCUGUAAGUUUACCCACAAUUAGCUCUUUGGUAUGUUUUUUAUAGGGAUUGUGGCGGCCCACAACCAGGCAUUUUAAAAUCAAACAAUGGAGCCCACAAUUACUCAUCAUUGCUGGCAACUGCCUUGGGCACCUAGUUAAGGAGUGCAGGCCUCCAGAGACAUUCAUCUGACCAACAUUAUGGAGAUGUCUCAGGGAAUUAGUGAAACCUCCUCAGUCCCAUGCACCACUCCACACGCAGAUCAGGAACUUGGCCUUGAGGAGGUUCCGGGUGCUCCUGGUGAAAGGCGAGUCUUGGGAUUAGCAGGCCUGACUGCUACCUGCUGCAUCUUCAUGGAGAGGGAACAAAUGCGGAGCUGCUUGCACUCUGAGAAAAUCUGCAUCCUUCCUAUCUUGGCCUGUCUCAUUAGCUUAGCCCUUUGCACGGCUGGACUAAAGUGGGUGUUUGUGGACAAAAUUUUUGAAUAUGAGCCUCCCACCCAUCUUGAUCCCAAAAGGAUAGGGCAGGACCCUGUCGUCUACAUGGAUCAAGCUACUGAGCCCACAGAAGAACCUACUGAUGUAUAUACCUCUGUCAUACCCACUCUACCCACAGGGAAACAAGUGAUCCAGGCAAAAGCUGACCCUUCAAUGGCUUCCUAUGAACCCCUUCACAGACCAGCUUACAAUAGUCCUACCUCAGCCUUAACUCUGCUGAGCACUGUGGCUCCAAGGCUGCUUCCCACUUCUAUCCAGCCGAAUGUAAAGGGAACACCAGUAGUGAAUACUUUGCAGACCAUGGAAACUAAUAUUGUUAAAGUACCUGAUUUGUCUUCUACCACACCUCCUAUAGGAACUGGCCAUUUCAUAGGAUGUAGUGAGAAAGAGAAAAACUAUUGUGUGAAUGGAGGUGAAUGCUUAAUGCUCAAUGAUGUUCCCAGCAAAAUCAAGUAUCUUUGCAGGUGCCCCAAUGAAUUUACUGGUGAUCGCUGCCAAAACUACGUAAUGGCCAGCUUCUACAAGCAUCUUGGGAUUGAAUUUAUGGAAGCUGAGGAACUGUACCAGAAACGUAUUCUAACUAUUGCAGGCAUAUGUAUUGCCCUUUUGGUUGUUGGCAUUAUGUGUGUUGUAGCCUACUGCAAAACAAAGAAACAGAGAAAAAAGCUUCACGAUCGCCUAAGACAAAGCUUGCGAUAUGAAAGAAACAAUACAAACAGUCUUGCAAAUGGACCUCAUCACCCAAACCCCACAACUGAACAUGUCCAAUUAGCGCAUCAAUAUGCAUCAAAAAGUGCUGUUGAUACACAUAACAUUUUAGAAAAAGAAAUGGAAACUUCUUUUUCUACCAGCCAAUACACAUCAACAACGCAUCACUCCACUACUGUAAAGAGUGCAUCUGUCCACAGUUGGAGUAAUUGUCAAACAGAAAGCAUAAUAACAGAGAGCCGAUCAGUACUGGUGACAUCUUCAGUGGAAACCAGCAGGCAGACCAGUCCAUUUGGACAUCGAAGUCGUUUAAAUGGCACAGGUUGUUUGAGAGACGUUAAUGUGUUUUUAAAGAAUUCAAGAGAUACGCCUGAAUCCUUUAAAGACUCACCAUACAGUGAGAGGUACAUGUCUGCAGUGACAACACCUAACCGUCUGUCGCCUGUGGAUCUUCAGCCUCCAGUUGGCCCAAGCCUGCCACCUUCAGAAAUGUCACCGUCAGUGUCCAGUCUUGCAACAUCCAUGCCUUCAGUCGCGAUCAGUCCUUUCAUGGAGGAAGAAAGGCCACUGCUUUUGGUGACACCUCCACAGUUGAGAGAGAAAUGGCAUGACUAUAGCAAUAGCAACCAGCAACGGAACUCUGCCCAUUACAAUGAAGGGCAUGAAGCCCACAGUCCACCCCCCAGCCCUUUGCGAAUUGUUGAAGAUGAUGAGUAUGAAACUACACAGGAAUAUGAAGCUCCAGCGCAACAGCCUGUUAAGAAAGUUUCCAACAGUCGACGUGCAAAAAGAACAAAAAUUAAUGGCCAUGGGCAGCAUAAAGUUGAAUCAGACAGUGACUCGAUCUCUGUGAGCAAUAGCUCAGAAAGUGAGACUGAAGAUGAGAGAAUUGGGGAAGACACACCUUUUCUCAGUAUACAGAACCCUAUGACAACGAACCUUGAUUCAGCGCCUACAUUCUGGCUGGCUGAGGGCAGCAGGACUAACACAAGUCAAAAACUUUCUGCACAGGAUGAAUUGCAAGCAAGGUUAUCUGGUGUAAUAUCUAAUCAAGAUCCAAUUGCUGUAUAAAAGAAAGAAUACAUAUAGAUUCACCAGUAAAAUUUAAUUUUCUAUCAAAGUAUUAAAGAAGAAGCCCAUUUAGUUUAAAUUAAACUAUUUUAUUUUAUCAUUAGUAGAUUUAACAAAAAAGUCUUUUAUAAAUUAAAAAUCAAAUCUAAAACUGUGUGUUAUGAAUGAAUGUGCCAUACUAUAUACAGCAGUUUUUACAGUAUUUCAAUAGAGAAGACUAUCUACGGUGCCUUUAUGUUGUAUUAUGUUCUGUUUAAUGCAGAUUUCAUUCAGUGUGUGGUGCCCCAGCAUAUUUACACAGCAACAAUACCGUGGAAAAUGACUUGCUGCUUUGGCUUUUGACCAGUGUCUUCUGGUUAUUAAGAAAUUAACUAUUUAAAUUAAAUGAAAGUGCAAAACUGAAACUAGCAAAAUCGUGGUCAUAAGCUGUUUUUUUUUUUUUUUUCUCUCUCUCUCUGUUUCUUUAAACUCGUCCAUGUAAUGUCAUCCGUAGUAUAGCUGUCUCUGUCUUUUGUGUUCUUACGCGUCACCCACAAACUUAUUCAUUCUUAAAAAAACGAAACGGUCCAUGGUCAGAACCAGCUAACUCAAAAAAGGAAGCAUUAACCUUUUCAUAUGGCUUUAUAAUUUAGACCAAAUGACUAAGCAUGCAAUUAAAAGAAAAAAAAUAUAUACUGUGUGCACGUGUGAAGGCUUCACUUCUAACACAAGGGUUUCUCCUUCUGAAUGUUUAGAUGAGAAGUUAAUUUUUCCUUACAUUUUCAAAUACACGUCCUUUUGACCAUUCUGGCACCUAACAGCAUUCCUUCCUUUAAAAAGCGGCUGGCAAGGUGUUUGUCUCGCCUCCCUUUUCGCCUAGGCUGGUCCCACUGUUUUAUAUUAAAUAUAAUAUAAAGCCCAGUGCAUGUUGUUCCUCCGGAUGUUAACUUGAUUUGUAGUUGUAUGUUUAUGACACCAGCUGGAUACCAUAAAGCAGUUCUGACUCUGUCUUGCGGUGACUUGUACCUGCCUUUUACCUCUACAUAUUAAUCUUGCAUCCAGUUUUUCCAGAUUCAUUUAACUCCAUUGUACCCUAAAAAUGAGAACAUGAACUGAACAUUGUCAGAUGUUCUCCUAGAACUGUUCAUAAUUACAUUUUAAGGAAAAAUACCGAAUCCACCAUUUUAAUAAAGCAUAAGAACUCUAAAGGACUAAUGCUAUACCAUUUUACGAGGUUCAUUGCUGACUGUUCGGCAAUGCCAUCCACUUGAAGCAUAUGCAUCGCUUUCAGUAAAUUACUUACAUAGUCAGCUUUCCAGUGCAAUUCACUUUUGUUGUAUUCAUCACUUCUUGAUGAAAAUCUGUAUGAAACCACAUAGAGCUAUCCAUUUUAUCAUAAUAACAGUCAUGCUGCUUAAGUCUGAUCUUUAAAUGUUGCCUUACCUGGAUUCUCGGACUCCACUGGACUUGAGCUCUUAGCCAAAAGUGCAGCAAGUUGUCCAGUAGAAAUUUAUUUUCAACCCGAAUCCAGUUUACAUCCAUUCAUGACUUUGUUUGGUGGUGCAUUAGUCCAAUCGCACAUUGCAAGCAAAGGUCUGGUACUCUAUGCUGUUUAACUGAAUACAGUCAAUCUCAGUGUCUCAGGUUUUGAAACUUUUUUUUUUUUGCUUUUUGAUUUCUUUCUUCCUGUCUUAUUGAUCUUUCAACAUGGUCCACAUAUAGAGGAUGAUCACACACUUCUGAACCGCAGAAUGGCUACAAGUGUUCUGCACAAGGAAAUGAUCAAACAUAAUGUGUUGCUCAGAACUGUCCUCUGGCUCCCUAUGUAGAUGCUUUUAUGGAUGUGGGUCAGCAUAACAAGAAUAUGUUUGAGAAUAAUUGAAAAAAUAAAGAGUGUGAAUUCUGACUGUUCGAUAACAAACAUUGACUCUGACUCACGGUUGACUGACAGUUUAGCAAGAUUAUAUGAUCUUUUAACACAUAAAUUAGGCAAUGCUAGAGUUGACAGAAAGGACAAAACUGCCUUUUUCUUUAAAAAAUGAGACAUCAGUUUACCGAAUAUUUUACAAAUGUCUGUGCAGUUUGCUGGAUGGUAUUUGUGUCAGUUUUCAUUCUCUUCAUUACUGUAGUUAGGUGUAUUUUGCAUAUUCACUACACAUGAAUCCCAAAAACAUACUGGCAAAUGCUGCAAUUUCUCAAUCGAAUGUACAAAUUGUCAGAACUUUGAAUUUUUAUAGCUGAAUGUAAUUUUUGUUUGAUAAUGAUGUGCACUUAACAAGUAUCUUCUGUUACCAUAUAAACAAUUCAAAAAACUUUACAUAGCAUAAAAAGUCAAAUUAACCUGAAAGCAUUUGUAAGAAAAUACUAACCUCUGGCUAAGCAAGACUUUUGGUGUACUCUGUGUAGUUUGCUUCAUGUUUUAAAUAAAUGAUAACAAGUACAGAUGGCAGCUCAUUGUCUGAAUAGCUAAAGACUAACAGCUCCUAAGUGAAACGAAGCAGAUAUUUAUGCCAGUGGCAAACAGUUACAUUUACUGAAGUAGAGCCAUAUGUCUUGUUGCUCCGCAAUUAGUUAUUUAACGCACAAGUGUCUUGUUAUUUUCACAAACUGAGCUUUAUUGAAAAUAGGUACAGAGAACCUCAAGAUAUACUAAGUUGAUAUUUAGAUGUCCUGCUUAGUUCGUUUACACGAAUAUCCCCCCGUAUGUUUUGCACCAUUUAGCAGGUGGUUUGAAAUUUUCCAAAAGCUCAUCUUGCGUACAUUUUACUCUGAAACAUGGUCACGUGUUACCCCCUUUUUUUAAAAUUUCUAUUCUGUAUUCGAUUAGUUUCAACUCUUAUAAUUUGAAUGUAACAUGCAGCCAGGUUAUCACUUAUGAUAUUUGUACCUUAAAAACUGACGGAUUUCUUCACGCAUGGCUACAUCAGAUAAUAUUUAAAUGUACUUUAUUCUCCUAUUAUGCAAUUAUUACUAGGAGUAAAGAUGAUGCCUGUGAUGCAAUACCACAGCUAGCCUUAAAAGUACACUGCACUGCUAACUUAACGCCUACAGAACAGUUAAGAAGAGUAGAAGUUUGUUAAAUGGCUCUGAAUACGGUACCACUGCACGCCCAGUACAUGCAUGCAGUGCACAUUUCUAGUGAAUAUGCAUGCAGCAGUUUCAAUGACAAGCAAAAUGAGAACUUCUGAUGCUGACAAACUAAAAAAUUGUGGAAGGACGCUUGUACUUGUGCUACUUUAUUUAACUUCUCCCCUGAUUUUUCCCUCCUUUACAAGUCUCCCUUUUUGGCUGCUUGGAAGUGUUUAUUGGCAAGGUUGCUGAGUAUGGUUUUCUUUGUACUUGCAAUUUAAAUGAAAAUACAACUUAAUAUGUAAAUUGUAUUUUUUUUGUUCUACUUUUUUAACCAUUUCCCAGGGAUAUUUAUUUCUUUUAAUGCUAUUGUACCUAAAAUGCAGGCAUUUUUUUUUUUGCAAUAAUAAAAUGAAACGUGAAAUGAAAUGAAUAAUAAAGUGAAGCAUUCCUAGUUGGACCCUACUAGAACUCCCCCAUCCCUGUCCACUAGUGAUUGUUCCAUGCCUAUCAUGUGCAUUGCAGAGCCAUCUCUCACAGAUCCUACCCAUUACCCUUUCAUCGUUCACAUCACAAUUCUACAGACAAAAAUACAUCAAAAUGUCAGGAUUGCCUUUUUCUUUGGGCUUAUCUUGUGGGCUGCUUUUAUGAUCUUGUCUUUCUAAAAGCAAACAAAAGUGAGGGUGCAGAACACCCAUCCAGUGUGUGAUUUGGCUUAUUCCAGUUCAGGACUAUGGGUAGCAGGCCCUGUAAGACAGCUUCAUCAAAUUAAACGUCGAUUAUCAGAAUAAACAAUUUCAAUAUGAAAAAAUUUACAUUUUCUUGCACUAUAUUGCAACCAGCGUUGUUUCCGCUUGACCAUUGGCUAUGUUGAGCUCCAUGGCUGUGCUUGAUGGGAUUUUCUCCCACAGUCCAAAGACACUGAUCACUUAGUUCAGUUGCCAUUCACAAACUGCUUCUGGGCACUCUGUAGUCAACAGAAUUUUCUUUCAAGGAGACUUCUUGCCUUGAGUCAGUGGCAAAAAAGAUGUCUGAUUCCAUGUGACCAUCAACUGGACUGAGCUUUCCAUUAAAUGGACCGGUGGAUGAGUGGUGCUCUUUUGUUCUUCACUUUCGAGUCAGCAGGCAGCAAAGUUGAUGACCUGUAUUACUGCUGGUGUACAAAACACUCGCCCGCUAUGAUCAGGAGCCUGUUUCUUUAUAUCCUUUCCCCCCAUUUAGUAAGACUAACAGAAUUUUGAACUCCAUUGCAUAACUGUUUUGUUCAGUUCAUUUUUAGUUAAUAUGUGUGACCAGACGGGGACAACUUAGAUUUUCAAAUAGCCAUUCUGUUAGUUGAAGAAUGCAAGAGUCAAGCCAAAUGUAACAGAGCAGACGACAUUGUUCCUUAAUAAGUACCUGUCGAAUAAAAUGUGUGUCUCUGUACCCCAGCUGGGUCAGCAUGGCCACCAUCGGUCCUCUGAUCACAAGGCUGCUAAUAGUGCCUGAGGUUUUGAGGCCGGGCAAAAUAAAAGAAAGAGUUAGGCGUUAAAAUAAAGACUAACAUUUAAAUGAAUAACAUCUUUAUAGUGCAGCGUUGUGUGUGUUUCUCUUCAAAAAAAAGUAUUCAGUGUUUGGGGCCCAGAAUAAUACUGUUUCAGUUUUUAAAGACUUACAUAAUCAGAAGUCACAAAUUUUUAUUUCUCCCUGAAAAUGUUUGCUUAUAUAUGUGGCAGAAAGAAAACUGGGAGAGAAGCUUCAUCCUUAAGGGUAUAUAAUCAAAGUUGAAAUUAAUUACCUUUUUUUUGUAAAGAAAAAAAAAAAACAUUUUUGCAUAUACUUUAAUAUUAUCUAUUGUUUACGUGUAAUGUGUGUAUAUAUGGAUAGAUAUACACAGUAUUUUCACACAUACAUGCAAACCUAUGUAUAUAUAUUUAUAUAAAAUUACAAGAUAAUAUAAAACUGAAAUAUUUAAAAGGAAAUUUUUUCACAAUGUUAAAGUGAUGGUAAUAUAUUAAAAUGGACAAAUGUAACUGCAGUAAUCAUUCAACGCUUGUUUUAAUGAUUUCUUUUUUGUCACUCUUAAUUGUAUAUGUAACAAUAUAUUUCUCCAGUUUGUAGUAGCCAUACCGUUCUGUCACUUAGAGGUCAAUCUUCCAUUCUGGUGGGUCUUUCUCAUGAAACCUUGUUUGAUUUUAUUUGUACGACUACUUGUAUUCAGAUUGGACUCAUUGACAACUUACAAGUCUUUUCACUUUUGUUUUUCAUUCUUAAUCGACUUAUAGAACAUGUAUUUACUGUAUGUGGUUUUGAAAUGUGUGUGUUUUUUACUUUGUCAGUUUAAAGAGAGGCUGAAUUACUGCACUUUCUGAUCGGAAUGGCUUCAUUGCCCCGACCUGAUCUGUGCACUCAGCUACCCAGUAAUUGCAGUCAUAAAAAGGCACAUCAGAUUGUGGGCAGAAGUGAAGAAUUUACAGCUCCUUCCAUAUGUUAUUAUGUAAUUGGUACAAUUAGGCCUUGCUGCCAUCAGCAAUGUACUGCACCUACAAUAUUCAACCAUGGUAGCUAUUGUGGGUUAACAAUGGAAACUUUAACCCUCCAAACAAGAUUUACAGAACACUUCUUUUUCAGAAUAAUAGUUUAUAAAGAAGUCUGUGUUAUGAUGUAUGUGUGAAAAUGUAACAUUACAUUUCUACACACACACAGUUUUCACUCAUUCACCCUUUUAUUUUGUAUGGCAUCCUUCAUUGAGCCUGUUAUCUCAAUACAGACAGUAGCAGAAUUCAAAAUGACAAAAUACAUUUUUGGAAUGUUUUCUGAAAUGACUACAGCUAAUUCACACCACUAACCCUAGGAUCAAAACAUCUGACCUGGAUGGGAUCGUUUUGGAGUAUGAAUCAGAUAAAAAGUAUUUAUUUAAUAAACACACAAACGAGAUGCCCACUAAAUGGGUUUCCAAGGAAACUCAAGCUGCUGUGUUCUUCAUGAGCAGCUGGGCAGCAUUCAGUAAGCGUCCAGCCAAAUGGGGUUAGUGAAAGAACGAGAGAACGAACGAACAAACAAACUCCUUGGUAGUAUUUUAUUUUAUUUUUUUUUUUUUUUUGCUUUACUCUUAUUAGUUAGUUUAUAUAGAUUGCAUACUGUUUGAUAAGACACCUUGUUAAAUUAAUUGCCCUGUAAAUAUUCUUCCAUUAUUUAUGGUUAUAUUUUUCCAAAGCGUCUUUGAAGAACUGUUCAGUCAUUACAGUGUAUAAAGUGUAUAUCCAACAAAUGUUUUAUGUUUUUUCUUUCAUUUUUUUUAUCUUUUAAUUAUGUAUCAGUACCACAUUUUGUAUCAUAAUUUAUUGUUGAGAAUGUGUUUAGAAAGCAAAUGUUUUCAGCAAGAAAAAGGUUAAUCUGUUAAAUGAAAAACUAAAGAAAAUGUCAGAGCUCUGCAAUAUAUUAUCUUUUAUUUAUUACAGUUUGCAGUUUUUUAAGAAAACAAAGCUUACAUUUUGUACCCUUUUCUUGUUUAUUAAAAUGAGUUAUGACAUUGAU